AAGUCGUUGUUGAGGUGGUUUUUAGAACUGAAUGACAUUUGUUAUCACUCACGCGUCAGGUUAAGAUAAAACUCUCCGCUAUGUUUGAGACCCUUGGUCGCUGUGUGAUUUUUGUUGGUCUCUAUCCUUUUGCAGUGGCGGCUCUUAAGUUUUCUGUGAUGCCUAAUGAUCCUAGCUAUGUCAAAAAUGGAAGCACUGCCAAACUGGUGUGGGAUUACAGUGACCCAAACAAUGAUCUCCGAGGCCUUAUCUUUAGCGUUCUGAGUAAAGCUGGAUUUAAAGAAAUGCUUGUAAAACAAAACGGCGUUGUCACUGAACAUCCAAGCAUACCUUCUUCCUAUAAAGGGAGAGUCAAGAUGGAAGGAAGAGCUACCCUGGUCAUUGAGAAAAUAACUCCUAAAGACAACACCAGAUUUAAAUGCAUAUUAUUUGAUUCAUACACUGAUCGUGGAAGUGAAGUUCAUCUUAUUGUAGCAGAAAAACCACAAAUUGAUGAUCUAUCUGUUGGUAAAAGUUACAACGAAGGAUUUCCUGUGAAUGUAACUUGCACCUCCAGAGGAAUACCAACACCAAACGUGGAAUGGCUGAGGAAUGGUGCCGUGUUAUCAUCCGCCAGAAAAACUGCCAGCUUGACCUUUAGAAACAUCAGUCGGAGUGAUGAUGGAAAUUAUACUUGUAAAGCUUGUAACAGUGAAGGUUGUGAUGAUUUCCGCAUUGCGCUCGUCGUCAAAUACCCGCCAAAAAUUCAGAUUGUCAUUGUUUCAUCUCUUGCGUCCUGGGUUGGUCAGGCACUGACCUUGAAGUGUCAGUCAGAUGGUGUUCCUACACCGACACUCACCUGGUACAAACCUGAUGGAAAUGAAAUAUUUAGAGUCACAAAUAAAGAAAUUACAGUUCAGGUGGCACUGAAGGACAGUGGCGAUUUCGGCGAUUACAAGUGCGUUGCUGAAAAUGGUCUUACUCCCCGUGAUGAGAGGAUAGUGAAGUUAAAUCAGAUAAAGAAACCCGGCGCGGCAUCCAUCAUAUCAACAGAAGCAGACGUUCAGGCCAGUUCAUUAACAGUAAGGUGGACUGCACCAGCUGAUGAUGGAGGGAGUCCUAUCACAGCAUAUCGAGUGAUCAUACUAAAGGGUGACACCAAGAAAGGCAGUGUUGAUAUUACUGGUCUUCGUGAAACAAUCACACUUUUACGGGUCUGGAGAGACAUGCAAACUACACGAUGAAAGUGUUUGCCAGAAAUUCUAUAUUUGAAGGAGAUCCAGCUGUAAAGAUAUUGAAAACAGAGUUUGAAGGGCCCCUGGAGGUAGUGAAAAUAGACGAGCUUCCCAUUGAAACAAAAGACGAUACAAUUGCCCUGAAAUGGAAGGAGCCAGGAAGUAA